GUUAAGCUUCCGAGUAACCAAGAUGAGAAAUGGCAGGGUCAAGAGUGCACAAGUAUAAAUCCAUUUUUAAACGUGUAGAAGGUCUGAUCAAGUCUGAAGCUUUACCAUGGAAAGACCGACCCUUGUGGUACGAUGUGAUGGAAAGGUUCCCACCAAAGGUUGAUCCAGACUUUGAACGACCAGUGCCUAAAAACACUGUGAGGAAAAUACUAUAUCCAGAGGAUCUGAUUAGAGCUAAAUAUUAUGAAGAGUUUAACGACCGAGAUGUUGUGAAUAUGAGAGCAGAGAGAGACGAUAUCAAGAUAAAGACUCAGGUAUUUGUCGAAGCAUACCUUGAGCUCCGAGAGCCAGGAAUGAAAGUUGAUGAAAUUAUUGAGAAAGUGGAACAAAAGCUCAAUAGCGACGGCACUAAAUAUAUAAGGAAAAAGGCUAAGGUAUUUGUUGAAGAACCGAAACCUGACUUUGAUGACGUGAACAUUGAAUUGGAGAAAACAUCCAAAAGCACAGGAGCAGAGUUAAAAUUUGCUGGAAGACCAAGAUGAUUUCACUGGGAACAUUUUUAUCUACUGAAGAUUGUGCUGCAGAAGACUGGGGGAUACAGAAACUGUCGUUUCAUUUCUUCGAUUAUUUAAGAAAUUAUAUAUGUCAAACAGUGAUUUGUUGUCGAAUUUUGUGUUUGGUGUUCAGAUGUAAAGAAACAAUAUUUUGAGGGAGCAGUUUGAUUAAUGUAAUAAUACACAUCUGAAAAACAAUGAUUUUAUUCAGGUGAAAAUCACUGUUUGAAAUAUGUUAUUUCUAUUCUGACACAGAAUCAAGUAUUAUUAUGUACAUCCUUGACAUUGACCAAAUAUUUGCUUGUUUUAUGUGUGUGUAUUUUUUUUCCAAUGCUCCGCAAUUAAGUUUGAUGCUAUGAUGUUAUUAAGAAAUGAUGUUUAGAAAAACCAUGUUUUAACGUUAUUAAUGCACUGAAUGAGGUUAUACGUCCGCGGAAUAAUUUCAAACAAAUUUUGCUUGUUUUGUUUUAUUGGAGUGAACAAAGUUCAGCUGUAUGUCUUUAAAUUCAUUCAAUCAGUCAGUAUGUUUUUGAUAAGCACCCCUUUUAACAGUUAAUGGUACUGUCCAAAUUGAAAGAUGGACAAGUUCAUUGUAGAAAUUUAGCAGGGUAAUGGUUAAUGUGUACAGUGACAGGAUUAUUCCAUCUUAAUUAUACAACAAAUAUCUUGAUUUGAACAAUUUUGUAAAAAAAAAAUGUGUGACAUGUUUUCCACAAACAGAGAAUAUAUGUAAUAUAUAGGUGCUUGAAUACUUUUGGAUAUUGGUGGUAAGCCAUUUUCAAAAAUUGGUGAUGGGAUAAACAUUUCUAUUCCCAUUUUAUGACUUGUUUACUUUUUAUACGCCCGUUUG